AUGAUUCUCGUUGUUCGGCGUGUAUUGCAGUUGAGAUUUGCCAGACAUUUGAAGGUGGGCAGCAUCUCAGCAAGCCGUCCAACGGCAGUGUGCUCACCGGAGGACACCCUGGCUUCGGCAAGCGAUUUGUUACAGUCCACUGGUCGCACAGCAGCGGUCAUAGAAGAUGAUCAGAAGACUGUCCUUGGAGUGCUCACCGAAAAUGACAUGCUGUUGGCUUUUGUGGAGGGAAAUGCUUCCAGCUGCACAGUCGGCCAGUGGCUUCAUGGCGGGGAGGCACGAUUGCCCAACUUCCUGGUGCCGCCACUGUCCCUUCAGCCGGAUGUGUCACUUAUGGAGGCUGCUGCGCGCAUGGCCGUGAUGACAAAUGGUGAUUUUGCUUGCCAUCAUCUUUUGGUGGAUCCUGGCGACAGCUCGCAAAAUGUAGCCUUGCUGUCUGCUUUGGACAUUGCCCGGGGGCUCCUGGUAGCUGUCUCCGCGCAGGUUGGUCCUGAGGCAAUGGAGGUGGCAAAGAUGUCUGUGACACGCGCCAUGAAGCCGCGGGCGCAAGUUCCCAGUUGCACGCUGGCAGACAGCCUCGGUGAUGCCUUGGACCUGCUGCACAGCUCGAAUCAAAAUUGUGUUUUGGCCAUUCCAUCUUCAACUGAAGAUGAACUUAGUGACCAGGGCGCGGAGCAUGCAAUCGUGGGCGGCGCUAUCACACCGGGCGAUGUCUUGCGUGCAAUUUCCGAGCGAGUCAACUGCAGAAGCUUGAGCUUGGGGAAAUGGUUGCACAGGUCCGGCAUCAGCCCGGAGCACCGAUUCAUUUCUGCGGAGAGCUCUUUGGCUGAUGCUGCUGCAAGAAUCGGUGCGCCCAACAACCCAGAGAACAACUUUUGGUUGUGGGGCAUUUGGGGCAAGCGUGUCGUCAAGGCCCCAUUUCUGACGCAAAGAGUGCCGGGAAAGAUUCGCGACAUUAUCAUUGGUCAGAACUUUAUCAUUGCACUCAAAGAGGAUGGAAGCUUGGUGUCCUGGGGUGAAGACAAAGUUGGCUGUCUUGGCCUUGGCACAGAGCAGGUCAAUGUACAGGAUCCGAAGAAGAUCAACUUCCCGUCCGACUACAAGGGGAAGAUCGUUGACGUUCAGUAUGGCAAGCACCAUGUCCUUGCGUUGACCAGCCGCGGCAAGGUCUAUGCCUGGGGCCUGAACGAAAAGGGCCAACUGGGCCUCAGCGAUCAGCAGAACCGAUACGAGCCAGUUGCUGUGGAGGAGCUCAGGCCGUACACAGUCACACAAAUCCUGGCAGUGGACAAUAUGAGCUAUGCUCUCACCAGCCACGGCAGAGUAUAUGCCUGGGGCGAUAAUACUGAUGGCAGUUUGGCGCUGGAGCAUGACAAAGCAGUCGUUGACAAGCCAGAGCCGAUGAUGCGAAUGCAGGGAACAGAGGUGCAGAAGCUUGUGGUCAGAGACUGUGGGGGAUCUGGAGGCAAGGGGAAGACUGUGAUUGCCUUUGUGGAGCUUGCUGAGCCACUGCCUCCCAAAGACACCAUCGGUGGUUUUGAGAGACCUCUUGGCGGGGCUGAAGCCGGGCCAGAAAAGCUUGUGUUGUCCGAUGACAUGGAAAGGGACAUUUUCGAAGGAGUUGAUCUAAUGCGACAAGUCAUGGACAAUACGCAGGAUUGGUGGGAGCACAUAUUGAAGGUCCGUCAUGGUUCCCCGUACAACGACAACCCGUUACAGACAGAUGAUACUGCCGACAAGAAAGAUGAGGAUAGCUGCACAGCUAUGCAGUUAGAUACAUAUGUUGGCCUGGACCAGCUCGAAGAUGCAUCAUACGAGCUCGACAAGUUUAUUCAGUCUGCACGUGCGCAGCUCUUCGAGAUACGCAAGAAAAAGGGAACCAAGAACGUGAAGUUCAUGCUAUCUUUGUUCAUGGACGACUGCAAGCUUAGACGGGAAAAGAUUCGAAGAACUGUUGCAGCCCGCCAACUCAUUGAGCACAAAAGAGCGAAUGCCUCGUCAGCAGCAGAAGAUCCUUUGAAAAUGGGCAAGGAUCGAGCUUCGGCCUACUUGCAGCAAGAGCCGGAGAACAUCUCUGCACAGUUGACAAAGGUUCGUAAUUUGAAGACGUACGACAUCUUCACACGCGUGCUUCAGGACAGUAUCGCCGAGAUUUUCGAAGCGAAGCUGCAGGCAUUGGGGCUCCAGGAGGAGAUUUUGAAGACGAGAUCAGGGCGGACCGGAGACGUAGCCAUGCCAAGUCUCAAAAUCAUAAUGAGCAGAUGGGCGGACCUGAAACGCUUCUCGAUCUACAACUUGUACCAAGAGUGCAACCUGCGAGGGCAGGGCUUAGCAUUCAACUCGGAUGAUGAGAUGUUUUCAUUCUUGGUAUCGAGCUCUGAUGCCAAGAUCGAUCAAAUAAUUCAGAUAGACCAUGACCGCUUGGUCUCAAGAGACAGUCAUGUUCCAAGCUUGUGCUACGAGCUUCUGACAGAGAACGCUGAGCUCAGGAAAAUGUGCAACGCUUACCAGCUGAAGGUGCUGCUCCAGAAGGUUGAGGGCGAGAGCAACCAGAAAGUCGCAGCUUCGCGGGCGACAUCAAGACAUCCAACCGAGAUGACAACUGUGUGA